CUUGUUUGAGCAGAAGGCGGAAGGAAGCUGAUCGGUGGAGAUAGGGUGGAGGGUGGAGGCUCGGUCUUGCGGUGGAAGCGCUUUAUUCCGGGUUAAACAUGGCAGAGGAGGACGAUCAUUACGGGAAACACGGUGAGCCCAGAAAAUAUGACCCCAACUUCAGAGGACCCAUUCAGAACAGAGGAUGUACAGACAUAAUAUGCUGUAUUUUCUUCAUCUUGGCCAUAGUGGGAUAUGUCGCUGUGGGAAUAGUGGCAUGGUCUCAGGGGGAUCCCAGGAAGGUGAUCUAUCCCACAGACAGUAUGGGACAGUUCUGUGGGCAGGUUGGAACUCCUCUGGAGAAAAAACCCUUCCUGUUCUACUUCAACAUCCUGAAAUGUGCCAGUCCUGUGGUCCUUGUGGAGUUUCAGUGUCCAACCACUCAGCUGUGUGUGGAGGAAUGCCCCACUCGCUCCAUGACCCUGGUGCAGGCCAAGGCUCCUCUCGGCGACUGGAGCUACUAUAAAAAGUUCUGUAAGGACGUUUCAGAUAGCGAGACCGUUCCAAACAUCUUGGCAAAGCGGCUGUGUCCUGCAAUGCUCAUCGCUAGCAAACCCUUCACCCGGAGGUGUUUUCCAGCUCUGGGUCUGAAGGGCGAUGAGAUCACUGUAGGAAAUAAAACCACAUUUAAUGACGGACAGAGCGACAGAAAGGCCAGCGACCUCCUGCCUGCAGUGAAGAAUGCCACAAUAGUGAUGGAAACUCGUCUGGUGGUAAUGAAGAUCUUUGAGGAUUUUGCACACUCAUGGUAUUGGAUCGUUACUGGUCUGGUGAUAGCAACUGUCCUGAGUCUGAUCUUCAUCGUGCUGCUGAGGUUCCUGGCUGGUAUAAUGGUCUGGGUCAUGAUUGUCCUGGUGAUCCUCGUCAUCGGAUACGGAAUCUUCCACUGCAGCAUGGAGUACGUUAAUCUGAAGAACGCCCCCGGUUCGAACGUCACCCUUAAGGAGCUGGGCUUCCAGAUGGACCUGACUGUGUAUCUCCACAUCAGACAGACCUGGCUGGCUUUCAUCAUCAUUCUGGCCAUAGUGGAGGUGGUGAUCAUCCUGCUGCUCAUCUUCCUCAGAAACAGGAUCAGAAUCGCCAUCGCUCUCAUCAAAGAGGCCAGCAAGGCUAUUGGUCACGUGAUGUCCUCCCUGUUUUACCCCCUGUUCACCUUCGCCCUGCUGGCUGUGGUUAUUGCAUACUGGGCCAUCACUGCUGUCUUCCUGUCUACAUCUAAUGAACCAAUAUACAAAAUCUUCAACAUGGGCAAUAAGGAGUGCAUCUAUGCAAACCAAACCUGCAAUCCUGAGAACUACUCAAGGUCAGACAUGAAGUUGGACUGCCCGGAGUCUCAGUGCCUUUUCGCUUUCUACGGCGGAGAAUCCCACUACCACAAGUACCUCAUCUUCCUCCAGUUCUACAACGUCUUCCUCUUCUUCUGGUGUGCCAACUUCGUCAUCGCCCUGGGCCAGAUGACCCUGGCUGGGGCUUUUGCUUCGUAUUACUGGGCGUUCAAUAAGCCUCGUGACAUGCCCACCUGCCCCGUGUUCGCCUCCCUCGGCAGAGCUCUCAGGUAUCACACAGGCACUCUUGCUUUCGGCGCCCUCAUCUUGGCAAUCGUUCAGAUAAUCAGGGUUCUGCUGGAGUACCUGGAUCACAAACUCAAAGGAGCUCAGAACAAGUUUGCCAAGUUCUUGCUCUGCUGCCUCAAGUGUUGCUUCUGGUGCCUGGAAAAGUUCAUCAAGUUCAUCAACAGGAAUGCUUACAUCAUGGUGGCCAUAUAUGGUAAGAACUUCUGCACUUCAGCCAGAGAUGCCUUCUUCCUGUUGAUGAGAAACGUGAUCAGGGUGGCUGUUCUGGAUAAGGUCACAGACUUCUUGCUGUUCUUGGGAAAACUCCUUAUUGUGGGAAUUGUGGGAAUCAUUUCAUUCUUCUUCUUCUCUGGAAGAACGAAAGGACUGGAUGUCGUACCCAAUCUGCACUAUUACUGGGUGCCCAUUAUGACGAUUGCAUUGGGCUCUUAUCUAAUAGCUCACGGCUUCUUCAGUGUGUAUGGGAUGUGCGUGGACACACUUUUCCUCUGCUUCUGUGAGGACCUGGAGCGGAACGAUGGCUCCGCGGAGAGGCCGUACCUGAUGCCUGACAGCCUCCUCAAAAUCCUGAACAAGAACAACAACAAGGCUAAAGUAGCAGAUUAGCUGUGGAACACAGAGCUCUGCCUCCUGGUGUUCAGAAGAAGAUGCACGUGCAGCACAGAACACAGGAGGAAAUGGUCAUAUCCAAGCCAAAGUGAACGUGUGCAGUUUAGUGCCUUAAACAGAAACGACCAAGAGUGCCAAGAGAGCUUUAGGCCUGAUUAAGAUAUGAAUACUAGUACAUCUAAAAAAAUAUAGAAUAUCAUUGAAAAAUCACUUUAUUUCAGUAAUUCAGUUCAAAAUUUGCAACUUAUAUGUAAAAUUGGGUUACAGUUUUUUUUUUUAAUUAGUGUAGAUUUUUUUCCCACAAAAUCUUACAGCACUUCAUGCUUCCCUGACAACUUUUUUUAAAGAUAUGGAUUUAAUUUUCCCGCAGGACUUGGCACACUGCCCACACUGCCAAAAGUACCAAUUGGUCUUAUAUAAUAUCAAAUUUUCUGAGACACUGAUUUUUGGGAUUUUUUAUUGGCUGUAAGUCAUCAUCAACAAUAAAAUUAAAUAAACGCUUAAAAUAGAUCACUCUGUGUUUAAUACAUCUAUAAAAUAUAUAGAGAGUUUUACAUUUUGAACUGAAUUACAGAAAUAAAGUAACUUUUCUGUGAUAUGAUUUUUAUUUAAGCACUAGUAUAUCAUCACUGUCCCACAAAAGCCUUGUCUCUCCAUUUGUGAUGUUUUUCACUUUUUGAUAUUAUUUGAACAAGGGCUGGACAAUAUAUUUUCAACAUACAUCAUUUACAGCAUAUUUUACUGCCAUACAGCCAUAGUUUGAAUCAGUUUCCAUCAGUAAUUCAGAUCAAAUCAGAUAUUGUGUCACUAACAAGAUGCAACAAAUUUGAAACACAGAUAUUUUCUAAAUAUUUUUAUAUUUGUUCCUGCUUUUAGAGAUUAAACAGGUUUAGGAUAGAAAAAGCAAACAAAAAUGAAAUGACCUAUCCAUGCUCCUCCCACAAACAUACUUCUAAAGCUAUUUUGUGAAGUUUGGACAAGCUGAACAGAAUAUUGGCAAAAAUACUUUUCAUCCUCAUUAGAAAAGUAUAUGUUAGUUAUUUAGUUAGUUAGGUAAUUAGUUAGCAUGUUAGUUUGUUUGUUUUAAAACCAAAUUCAGGGUUAUUUUAGACUGUUUACACUGCCUUUUUAAUGUCUGACGUUGCACUAAAGAGCAGCACUUCACAUGAAGUUUCGGUUUCAUCUUCUCCAGCAUCACAGUAGUUAUCAGGCAGUUCAGAUGGAGUUGCACAAAAGGCUGGGUUUAAUAGUAAGUAGUAAGUAAGUUAAUAUUAAGGUUAAGAUUGCAGUAUACUGAUAAAAUUAUGAAAACAACUUUUUGUGCAUCGUAUAGAAUUUAGAUUUUUACAAGUUUCCAUCUUCUUAAUACUUGAAACCACUUCACUGACCGUUUGAGCAAUUUAUGUGCAAAAAAAUAAUGAUACAGAUCAUUUACCAGUUUCUACCAUCAUGUAGAUGCAGCAUUAGCUUUAUCAGUGCUCUAGAGGACCAUGUUCACGUCUGACGUUAAUAUGCUAGGUGUCUCAUGUGACCUGGUCCAUCAUAAGUGUUCGGAGGUUAUCAGAGAUGCAUAUGACCACAUUAUUAUAAUUUAUUUAUAUUAUUAUUAUUAUAGUGUGAAUGCCAAAGCAUCUCGAUAUGUCCCCUUCAACCAAGUACCACCCACAUUAGCCGCGUCACUGCCCCUGCUGGAACACUGCAAUACCACACCAUCCACCGUCUGGAGUAGUUAGCUAAGCAUGCUAUAAUAAUAAACUAAUAGAUAUAGCUAAUACUCAGGGCUGGAGGACAAGAGAAAUUAGCUGCCUCAUCUGGAUUUGAACUGAAGACUCAAUGUUCAAUGGAAAACUGCUAGACUUUUACCGUAACAGGCCUCGCCUCCUCCAAUGGAAAUGAUAUGUGAGGAAUCUGAUCAAAAGUACUCUUGGUAGACUUUAAAUUUAGAUUUAAAAUGUGUGUUUAAUGUUAAGGCCAUGUGUGAACAGGGUUUAAUUUUUUUUUUUUUUUUUUUUUUUUUUUUCAUUUUUGUGGGCGGAGCAUGGAUUUUGAUUGGUUUGAACUUUGUGUUCAAAGCACUACGUCUUGUUACAGUAAUAGAGACCCGUGUUUGUUUUUUAGUUUUGAAGAUUUUGCUGUUACACAGUGUCUCCCUAAAGUGCUUCCUAAACGAGUGUUCACGUUAUACGUACCCUGACGUUAGCAUGGCUAUAAUAAUUAGCAUGCAAACUGUAUUGUAAAUAGUAAAUUUAAUUUCAUCUGCAAUUUCUAUAUUCAGCUAUUAAUCGUGUUGGUAUUCGCCACUAAGUGCCUUAUUAAAAUAGGUCAUGUUUAAUAAAGCUUAAUGUUGUGUAUCCUUAACAGGAUCUUUUUAAUGAUAAACGAGUAUAUACUGUUUUUCUAUCGAGGUUUUGAAGCUUUAACAAAUUCUGACUUGUAUAACAUACUGAAUGUGGCAGCUGCUGAUGGAAACGACUUCAGCCAGCCAAAAAAAAAAUGUUUGUUGCUGUUUGUUUAUUUCAACUUUUGCAAUUUGUUUUUUCUGCCACUGACUUUUGUCUAUAUUUCUUUGUCUUUCAUAUAUAAAUAUAAUAAAGAUGGCAUGUGGUUGUCUCAUUCUGACUCUAAA